CCUGUAUCCACCAAUAGCAUAAUUGCUUGGAGAAAAUACGAAAAUGGCGGCUCUCUGUACUGAGUUUGGAGACCUGGUUCAAAUCAAGAAACAGUUAAUAUCUGUGAUAUUGCUUUGUAAAGAGCGAGGACUUUUACACAGCGCUAAGUGGUGAGAUUCGCGGUGACUGCUCUUCUGUUACACGCUUGUCUUUUUGUCCUGUUACCACAGUAACCAGUGGUUUACGGUAGUUCCUAGUCUGUUAGCAGGUUGUGUUAGCAGAGCUGUUGUCAAGCCCAUCCGUAAAAACCUUUCUCUGUCAGAUCUAAGGAUAACUCUCAUUUACACAGAGAGUAAACUACAGUCUGGGACCUGAAAUGCAUUUCAUUAAAUGGGGGUCUUGGCCCUAAAUUCAUCACAUAUAGGAGUUUCUUAUGAAAUGUUUGGAGGGUUAUAUGAAAGAUACUUUGAGGAGUAGUUAGCAGGUUGAAAUUGAAAACUCUGCAUGUCAUAAAAUGGAAUUUGAAGAGCUUAACCUUCACAAUGACCCUGACUGAAAUGUGUGGACGGAUGUGUUGAUUUUCUUCUGUUUUCAUGUUUUAGGGCUUCUGAAUUGGCCUUUGCUUUGGACCCUCUUCCUAAAGAUGAGUUACCCCCCUCACCUCCUUUCACAGAGGUUGGUUUGCUGUCAUUCUUUCUUCAGAUUAGUUUGUUUUCUGUAUUUUAAUCUUUGCUGUCAACCUAACACUUCCUUUAUUGAGUUACCUAAGAGUUCAAAAACCAUCAUCAACUCUUGGGCAACCUCAAACAGCAGCUUUACUUUAUAUUCUGCUUUUACUUAAUGGUCCAUUUUUAUUGACAUGAUCAAGCAGGUGAGCAUUUUCUUAAAUUUGCAGUGGGUGUUGGUGGUAUACCAAUAUUUUGUACAUCACAUAUCUAUCUAUCUAUCUAUCUAUCUAUCUAUCUAUCUAUCUAUCUAUCACUACUAACUAACUAUCUAACUAAUUUCACGGUUGGUGUAUGUAUACAGUAGAUUCACCUUUCAGCUUUUGGCUGUAAGUCACGCUGAAACAAUGUUGAAGAAUGUUACUUUCAUUUCAGAGAGCACAUUUAUCAGUUUAUGCAUUAGAUAUUGAACACUUAUUCUUCAAUCUAUUUCGAACACAUAUUGAAAUAGUGAUAAAAAACAACAUAAGGUGCAAAAUAUUAGCAUUUUCGUAUUUCAGCUUUGCUUUUGAUUUUAAUCGCUAGUGUGCCUCCCUCACAAAAGGCAAGGUUAGACCGCCCCCUGCUGAUGCUGUGUGUGUAAAGAUUUGGCAGUUGUCUGUGUGUUUAGAAGUUGUUCUUACAGUAACUUAAGUAUUUUUUUUGGUUUAUAAAUGAGAUCUCUAGUAUUGAUGUUAACUUGAAAACGCCGUUAUUGAUGACUUUAUUGAUGGUGUUUGUGUUGUGAUUACAGGAAGAUGCCCAAGACCUGGAUGCACUCACACUGGCUAAAUCCUACUUUGACCUGAAAGAGUAUGACCGUGCUGCUUACUUUCUGAAAGGCUGCUGCAGCCAGAAGGCUUAUUUCCUCUAUAUGUAUUCUCGUUAUCUGGUAAGGCUUGUACAUUUCCAGCAUACUCACAUCUUUGGAUUCUUUCUACAUCACAGUUAAAAAAAACGUUUUCUUCUUCGUCCUCAGUCAGGCGAGAAAAAAAAGGACGAUGAGACCGUUGACAGCUUGGGUGAGGACUCAUCUUUUUGGAGUUUUUUUCUGGAUAGCUCUUUUAUAAAUUAUUUUUUGUUUAACACUGAGCUGUUUUCUGUUGCACCACGUGUUUCCAGGUCCUCUUGAGAAGGGUCAGGUUCGAAAUGAAGCCUUGCGAGAACUGAGGGUAGAGCUCAGUAAGAAGCAUAUCGCAGGAGAGUUGGAUGGGUUCACCUUGUACCUGUAAGACUACUAUUAUUAUUAUUUCCCUUAAGUUUUGAAGUGGUUAAAUUGGGAAACUGUAAAGAUGGAAUUGGGGAUAACAUGAGGCAAAAGACUGUGGGUCAGAACUGAAUCCAGGCUGGCUACUUGGUUGGUUAUAGCCUCUAUUUACAGGGCGUGCAAUUUAACCAUUAAGCCCAACUGGUACUCAAACUUUUGUGUAUGGAUUACACUCUGUACUCAUGCUGUGCAGACUACUGCUCAUUAAAAAAGUUGUUCAUGUUUUUACACAGAUACGGAGUUGUCUUACGAAAGCUGGAUCUGCUGAAGGAAGCUGUGGAGGUGUUUGUUGAGGCAAUUCACGCACUUCCUCUUCACUGGGGAUCCUGGCUGGAGCUUAGUAACCUUGUCACCAACAUUGAAAUGGUAAAUUUUUAUUAACAGGUACAUGUAUCGUAAAUGGGAUUGUAUUUCAGCUGUCUUUGUACAAAUCCGUUAUCUUUAGACCUGAAAGCAACCCCCAUAAUGUACACUUAUAAUAUUUGAGCCACCUAUUAUGUGUGUGAAGCUUAGACUGUAUAAAACAUAAACAGCAGAACAGCUCCCUAAAGUGAAGCCAAAGUGUUAGGGCUGGUGUUUGACUGUAACAGAUAAAGUCUACUUCUCUUGUUAAAAUAUGGGUCAAACUACAAAACUAAAUACACAACAUUUCAUGACACAGCACUUUGAUCUUAUGCUGAUUUAUGUGCCUGUGUUGAUUUUAUAGAAAAGUUCCAUUUUAAUUGGUUAGAUCUUAAAAAGAAGAGAUGUGAUAUCAUAAUUGUCAGCUUUGUGAACUAUUGCAGGCCCUACAGAGUUUUUUUUUUUUUACCGGUUAAGGAGACUACAGAGAGAACAGCAUAAAAAGACCACUUUUGGGCACUAUUAUACAGGAUCUGGUUGAAGAUAUGGUGUUGUUUUUCAUUGGUGGGGGACCCGGCGUUCCAAUGAGCACUCCAGAAAUUUGACAACAAAAUGGACUUUGAUGGAAAUCCUCUUUAAAAAUGAACGGAAGUCAGAUUUAAUUUUCAACCCUCUUGGAAGUGCAGUAGUUGGCCUUCUCUCCUGCAGGCUAAAAAUUUGAAGAUUUAAUUCAGUUUAAUUAUAUUCAUGUAAGUCUGCUGUUUACUUCAAACCUACAAAGGUGAUAUGCUCUUGCUCAAGUUGUCUGUGAUCCAUCUUACCAUGUAAGAGCAAGGUUCUUCACAGGUUGGCAACCUCAGCGUAAAUGCUGUUUUUGGCUUCAGUUAUUGACAAUAAUUCCAUCUGUCUUCUCCUCAGCUUAAGUCCCUGUCUCUACCUGACUGCUGGAUUAAAGACUUCUUCAUGGCCCACAUGUACACAGAGCUGCAGAUGAUCAAAGAGGCCUUACAGAAAUAUCAGAACCUCAUGGAGGCAGGCUUUUCGAAGAGCACCUACAUCAUUUCACAGAUCGCUGUUGCCUACCACAACAUCAGAGGUUUUUCUUCUGUCUUUUUGAUACCAACAUUCCCAGUUAGGAAACUUAUUCAUGAAUAUGUUUGACCUCCAAGUGUACUGUCUCUGUUUCAGAUAUUGACCAAGCUUUGGCACUUUUCAAUGAGUUGAGGGAGCAGGACCCAUUUCGCAUCGACAACAUGGACACAUUCUCUAACCUGCUCUACGUCAAAGUGAGUUCACUACUGUGAUACGAUACUUUAUUGAUUAGCAUAGAAGAAGUGUCUGCAACCUUUAAAAGGAGGUUUUAAAUCAUAUCAGUCACAGUGAAGUAAGACAGAUUCUAACAAGGGAUUAAUCAUUCUCAUGUUUAUAUUUAGGUCCCAGGAUUAGCUCAGAUUUCUUUAUGCCUAGCUCUUUAGCACAGGAUAUAAGUUACAGAGUAUUUGCUUUUGUAGACCAGGAUUAUUGUCUUGCUCUAACUCACGGAGAGUUUUGUUACACAGAGUAUGAAGCCAGAGUUGAGCUACUUGGCCCACAACCUGGUGGAGAUUGACAAGUACAGAGUGGAGACCUGCUGUGUUAUCGGUGAGUGUUAAACUAAUGUGAUCAAUGCUCAUGCCUCUGUUUACAAAUACUUACAAAAUACUUUCAUUAAAUCAUCAUAAGAAUAACAAAUGCUGUUCAAAGAGUCACUGAUGUGAUAGCUGACCCCUUUUUCUAUGUCACAGGUAACUACUACAGUUUACGUUCUCAGCAUGAGAAAGCUGCGCUGUACUUCCAGCGGGCUCUCAAACUGAACCCUCGCUGCCUCGGAGCCUGGACCCUCAUGGGCCACGAAUACAUGGAAAUGAAAAACACGUCAGCUGCUAUCCAAGCCUACAGGUCAGACUGAGAGUGGAGAGGACAGUUAUAUUUUUGUGAUGAUGUCUCUUUGUCAGUAUGUCUAUGCUUAUGCUGUGUUCAAGUUACCUCAGAAGUCAGGUGUCCAAGCUGGGAAUGACGUCACACCCGAGUUACCAGCGUAAGUCAGAAGAAAGCAAAAGUUAUUUUAGCACUUGCCUUAUCCGAACAUAAGCAAGGACAAGGCAAGCACUAAAAUAACUUUCGUAGACGUAGCCAUCUUGUUUCCGCCUCCGACUUUCCUUUUUUCCGACUUGGUAACUGAAACUCUGGUAACUCGGGUGUGACAUCAUUCCCAACUCGGACUUCUGAGGUAACGCGAACGCAGCAUUAUUGUCAGACCUACACAGGUGUGUGUAGGAGAUGUGAACUUUGUUUCAUUGUUGUUUUUAUCUACUCAUUUGUUUUUCUAACAGACAUGCCAUCGAAGUGAACAAGCGGGACUACCGAGCUUGGUACGGCCUGGGUCAGACAUAUGAGAUCCUCAAGAUGCCUUUUUACUGUUUGUACUACUACCGAAAGGCUCACCAGCUCAGGUAAGGAGAUAGAAUAGUGUUCAAUCCAUCUUCUCUUAUGAGAACUUGUGCUGCGUUCGAGUUACCUUGGAAGUCAGAUGUCCAAGCUGGGAAUGAUGUCACACCGGAGUUACCAGCGUUUCAGUCACCAAGUCGGUAAAAAAAACACAAAAUCGGUGGCGGAAACAAGAUGGCUACAUCUAUGCAAGUUAUUUUAGCGCUGGCCUUGUCCGAAUAUAAGCAAGGACAAGGCAAGUGCUAAAUAAAUUUCGUAGUACUUGUUUCUGCCUCCGAUUUUGCUUUUUUCCAACUUGGUAACUGAAACGCUGGUAACUUGGGUGUGACGUCAUCCCCAGCUUGAACAUCUGACUUCCGAGGUAAUUUGAACGCAGCAUAAAUAUUCAAACUCUGGGAUGCUCAUAAUCUAAAGGGUUUUUGUUCUGACACACUGUGAUCUUUUUUUGCAGGCCCAAUGAUUCUCGCAUGUUGGUUGCACUCGGAGAAAGUUACGAAAAACUGUCACAGCAGGUGGAAGCCAAGAAGGUGAAUGAAUUAUGAGUACAACUGUCAGCAAUUUCUGGUUUGUUUUGUUGCUCAAUGGUUUUUGUCUUCUCUGAGGGUUUGACAGUCUGUUUUCCUGUAGUGUUACUGGAGGGCGUACUCCGUCGGAGAUGUGGAGAAAAUGGCUCUACUCAAACUGGCAAAGUAAGCGUUGUUUCUCUAUUCCAAGAAAAUACAUGAAAAGCCUUGUUCAUAGAAAGAGUAAAACAGAAAACAAAAAUCCUUCAACUGAUUUUCUUUGUCACAUGUCAGUGUAAUUUUGUGUUAUUUAGAAACUAGAGCUGACUCUAAGUUGUUGUUCCUCUGGCAGGCUCCAUGAACAGCUGAAUGAAUACGAUGAUGCUGCUCAGUGUUACAUGCUUUACAUCCAGGACAUUUUCUCCUGCGGGGUAAGUAGUUUUCAUUUUGGAUGCCUGAAACUGCUGUGAGGGGGUACAUUCAUAACAUCCUGCUUUUAUCCAAUAAUCAAAUGUAUCAGUCAUGGCAAAUGUUUGCUGGUGAAAAUGUAAAAAAGGCUGUUUCUGCAACGUGCUGGUUAUGUACCAGUGUAACACAUAACCCGAAGUCAUGGUGUCAGACAGAAAAUAAACUCAAAUAAAAGUUUUCAUCUUAAUAAAAUGACCAAAUUUUGUCAUCAAAGGAACAACUGGAGCACGCCGAGGUGAGCACAGCCCUGCGCUACCUAGGACAGCACUAUUUCAAAAACAAGCUCUACGAUGAGGCGUCUCUCUGUGCUCAGCGCUGCUGUGAUUACAACGAUGUAAGUGUGCCUUUAUUCUCUUGGCAGUGUUGCUGCAGGUGUAAUAACACAUCUAACAGGUGUUAAUUGGCCUCUUAGGCUCGUGAAGAGGGGAAGGCUUUGCUGAGGCAGAUUUCGCUCGUCAGAGAUCAGAUUGAGACGCCGUCAGCUGACCUGUUUGCUCCGCUCUCAAACAACAACACUCCAGUCAGGAGGGUUUCUCCACUCAACCUCAUCUCCUUCACACCCUGAUCUGAUCUUCACAGGCUUUAACAUGGACUAUGAGUAUUCUUGGACAUGAUACAGCAGAUGUUUGAGCUGGGAAAAAAAAAAUCACUUUUGGCACACACACACAAAAAAACUCUGUAAAAUACAUUAAAAAAAUCUUUUUUUGUUCUUUCUAAAACCUUGCUUUCUGGUUAUUUUGUGUGUGUUAUAAACUUGAUAUGUAAAAAGUAAGGUUAUGACUGUGGACCUAAUGAAAAAGUUUUACUACAGAUUAAACACACAACUACAUUGUUUUCAAGAGCAGAACUGUGAACCUUCAGCAAUAAUACGUGACAUGUAGAAGAAAGACAACCAAACACAUCAAAGUUAAGCCUAUAGUCGUAGAGUUAUGCCUCAGCUUUAUGUAUAUAUGAAUAGCCUUGUAGAAAAAACAGCAUACCUAUUACAUAUAUUCAUGUUGCACAAUGCACAAAACCCCUGCAGCGGUUUACAUAACUUUACUAUGAAAGAAAUCUUUUAAAAGGUGCAAAUCAAAAGCACUAAAUAAUACAAAGUGUUUUCAGAUUUUAUAGAGGAAAACAAAAAUAUUUACAGUGAAGGUAGAGAGAAGAGACGCAGACAAGCAGACGUUUUUUAACCAUACAGUCAAACUGUCAAACUAACCACUGAGCACAUCAAGAGCACAUCAGUUCUCCAACGAGAACGCCACAACCCUGCUUAAAGCAGAAAUGUUUGGCAUGAGUGUCAUAACUAUUUGGUUCAUAACACAGCAAAAAGUGAAUACAAACAAAUGUAUAAACCACGAUAAAGCCAUCAGCGACUGAAACCUACUUUUGCAUAAUAUAAAAAUGGACAGACUCCCGGUGAAACUUAGAGCAGCUUAGUACUUCCCCCUGAGAUUGCAAGGGGUGAGGAGAGGGCUGGGAGGAGGUGACGGCUGGCGAGACCUGAGGAUCUGGUUGUAAGGAGUGUUUGCUUCCUGGCACGCGCGAGUGUUGUAUUUACGUGUUGGGGUGCGUGUCGGGAACAGGGAAUGGAAGAAGCGUUUUUGUGGAGGUCUGUUCUCUGUUUCACUCGGCCCAGCAGCCGCACAACCUCUCUUCUUGCAAGAUCCUGGAGCGGUGGAGGGGGCGGAGCCCGGUGGGGGCAGCUGAGGUCGGAUGACUUGUGUCUGAGCCAGGGUUUCUGCUUUCCGCCUUAAGUCAGCUUUAACAAGCAUCAGGCUGUUCUGAAGCUCCACAAGGAUUUGGUCCUGAGAAGAGGUCAGUGGACAGGGUUAGAAGAGACCGCAGGAGGAGGAGGAGUGAGGGUGAGGUGAGGAAGACUCUUGAAAACAUGCCUUUGCACCGAAACUACCUAGUGCAGAUGUUAGAAACUCUGUUUUAGUUCAAUAGCUGCCUGUGCAUCAGUAUAGUUAGUGAAGAGAGUAGAGGGGGAGAAAACAAGAGUAUUUUAUUGAGAAUUUAACUUUGAGACUUUAACAUUUUAUGUUUUUCUGCUUAGAUUCAGCUACUGAAAGCAAACCUCAAAUCUCAAAUAGUCAACCUCAUAGAAGACUAAGAUCAGACUUCUAGACAGGUCAACUGGAGUCUGAUGUUUUAAAUUUAAAGGUACAAUGCGUAGAAAUGGAAAUAUUAAGGGAUAUCUAGCAGUCAGAUUUUAGAUUCAUAUGCCUCCUUGCUCACACAUCACCUCAACUCACAGCUUUUUACAUUAUUUUGGGUAAAGAUAAAUUCAUUAAUUCGUAUGAUUUACCUGUUUGACAAGUGUCUCAUCUGCAGCUGUUAGAGCCUGGCGCAGCCUCUCCCCUCCUGUGUUGCGACAGCAGGCUCGCUCACCGGACUGCAGGUCCAAGCCAAGCCUCUGCAGAUCCAGGCGCAGCUGGCGCAGGUUCUGUAGGUAAAAGUUUGACCUUUAAUCUUUCUGGAGGAUGAAAAAAAAACAGUAAUGCAAUCCAAAUAAUGCAGCAGGUGACUGACCCUCUGACCCUCCUCUAGCUUUCUGUCAACAGUGGAGGUGAGGGUGCCUGUCGGUCCUGGGACUUCGAGCAGGAGCUUCAGCCUCAUGAGCUCUGCAAAGGCAAUAGAAGAAGACAGUUAAAGACCAAUAACGAUAACUCACCUGGUAAUACAACCACAGUGAGCCCUUUGAUAUUGUGACUUACCUUGAGUCUUUGAGAGCAGGUCAGCACGACACUGGUCAAGAUUAACCUGAAGUCUGCUGAUUUCUGACUGAUUAUUGAGGCGCUGAGACCGUCGAGGACCCUCGUAGUCAAUCUGUGGCGCUGGCACAGGGACCGUCCCGGUUUGUUUUGUCUUUUCAAGAGCGGCAGACAAAGCUUCAAUCUCUUGAUCCCGCUCCUUAAAUUGGGAUGAAAAACAAAAUUGUAUUAACAUCCCGGCUAAAAUGCAUCAACAGCAUUACAAAAAUAAGUUUAGCACAGAUUUUUAAAAGCAGUUUGAGGAAAAUCUCAUCAGCCUGAGCUGUUGGUGGUUUAGUCUUUACCUGUAAUUCUUGGCUGUAGAAUUUCUUCAGAUGUUUUUGCACGUUGGUAAUCUUGUCUUCGUAUCGCUGCUCGAUCAGAGCUCUCUCUGCCUCCAGGGUCUCACUGGAGAUCAAGAGGACAUCACAACUCAGUACCUGCUUUCGUGUCAAACUCCAGUCUUUGCUCAGAAAACUCCAAACUUCUUGCACUAUAGGUGGUGUUAAAGGCAUACUACAAAACCCAAAACCGUUGACUAAACCUAGCAGACACACCUGAAGCCAUCCUGCAUCCCAGUGAUGACCUCCAUCAUCUCGGAGACCACCUGCUCUCUCACAUUCGCCUCAAGAACCUCUUUCUCCUCCCGCUGGCGCUGCACCUCUCUCUUUAACACAUCAAUGGCCUGCAGCAGAGCCUGAAAGUUCAGUGAGCUGUUAGGAAUGCAUAAAGUGUUCAUUUGCGACUGCUUAACAUUUAGCUUACUCAAUAUCUAUACACUAAAUUUUCUCCAAUGAGGUCUCUGGGCAUUCACCUUCAUUAUUAAGUUUUCAAAUAACAUGCCAGAGGAUGUUACCUCAGUGUUCAGCAUAGUGAUAUCUCCAUCUUCAACACAACUUUCAUCCAUAUCCUCCUCCUCCUCCUCUUCUAGCAACGUGCUGUCAUUAGCAUGUGCUGAAGGCUCCCGCAGCAGGGACAGGAUGUAGGCCACUCUGGUCUUCGUGGAUGGGCCAUGGACCAGCUGAGAAAGAUAUGAGGAAUAUUUUAGUUCAUCUGUUGCUCUAAAAAUCACACGUUAGAAAUUGAGACAAGAAAUGUUCCUUUUUUUCUUACUUGAGUAGCAAUAGCUGAGAAUUUGAGGGCUUGGAGGGUCUCGUCAUAGAUGGAGGCGCAUGGAUUGAUGUUGACCACCAUGCUGGAUGUUCCUCGGCCGCAGAAGAAGCCCUGCAGGACCCGGGUUAGUUUGCUGUCUCUGAAUGGCACCACUUGUGGAGGUUUUGACCUACAUGAAUAUUAAAAAGCUUUAAAAGAAUGGCUCCAUCUCUUACAUGAACUUACAAAUAAACUUGUUUGGAUAUGAAAGAAUUUUAUAUUGUAAAGAAAACACAAAAACAACUACGAGGGGAGCAUCACAAGAGCUGAACUGUAUGAGUAAACUUAUUAUUACUUGUUGUUCUGGUUGUGUCUCAGAGCAGUGAUGCAGCGGCCCAGGGUUAAGAGAGAGGUGUUGAUGUUGUUGGCCUCCUUCAUCCUCUCACCAUUACGCUGCUCCUUACAGCGCUCAGACCCCGCCAGAUCACACACCGUCAGUCUAAAGAGGGCACAGUAAAAAAUACAGUAUUGGUUAGUCCAUCAAUAUUCCACACUUAGAUUUCUUGUUUUUAUUUAUGGGACUAACUUACUCGCUGGUGUGCAUGGCCAUGCCUGAAUCUGCAUCCGGGCGAACGUGCAGGACACGGAUAGAGAAAAUGCUGUGGCUGUAUAAGAGAAAACUUUAUGAUCAGAAACACAAAUAUAAAAAGACCUAUAAAGUCCAAAGGGAAAAGUUUGAAUGUGUUAGUACCUGCGGCUGGAGUUGUGGUUGAGGUGAGUACUGGCAAAGCUCUGGUUUCGGCGCCCAGCCCUCAGAAUCCUCCACGCUUCCUCUGCGCUGCUGACCUGGAUCCAGGUGAGGUCUAAAGGAAAAAUAUAAGGUAGAAGCAGCAACAACAAUGUAUGAAUUAAUAAAGCUGUUGAAAAUCUGUGAAGUAUUCCUGAUGAUGUUAUUGCAGAUCUUUUUAAAAGCAAACAUGCAGUUCAAAGAAUUUUUGUCUUCCUUUAUAGUCAGCAUUUUUUCAAUCCUGCUUUGUCAAAUGCAUCAGUCAAAGGUAGCUGCAUACUUGGACUCUGAUUUAACAGAUUCAAAUGCUGGUAAUGAAACAGCGUCUUGCUCUUUAAACAUCUUUUUUGUGAACAAGCACAAAUCACCUUUCACGUAGGGGUUGCCAUGUUUGUCGUCACUAAGGCGCAGUGUGACCCUUUUCCUGGGCUGCAGGGAAGGUGAAGCAUCCAGCAGGUCAUAUAGAAACUCAUUGUAGAUUUCAUAGAAGGACACCCAGAGAGAAAACUGCACUCCUUCCUCCAGGUCAUCUCCUCCGCUGUGUGAAAGGCUGUCGGGCUCCAGACAAACACUGUCUGUGUCUGCACAGGGGGAGCAGACAAAGAAAAUGUGUGAUGACAAUGAUUACAAUUGAUUAUUAUAAUGUGGCGGGGGAGAGUUCAGGAGUAAUUAUCUACAAUUGCUGCGAUUUUAACUCCUCAGACUCCUUCGCCACAACAUGUGCUGUGAAUGCUAUCAAACCAUCACAGUCAUACAUUAACAAACGGCAUUUGGAUUUCCAAAAUUAAGAAAAUAUACUGCCUACCCACUCAAACCCCACACUGUCCAUCUUACCUUCAAGCUGUGUGGCAAUGUUGCAUGUUGAGGAAAGUCCUCCAACACCACUGUCCCAGAUUGUGGUGGUACCACCUCGACGAGAUGUCUGAUUCUCAUCCUGAAACAGACGAGAGAUCAGCUCAGAUCUGUCACAAGGGAUGACUUUAUUUAUUUAUUUAACACAGUUUUGAAAGCUUGCAUAAAUAGCUUUGAAAUUGUCCUUUACCCAUUGAGCAGGUAUAUGGAAUAAGUAAGAAGUGCUGGAGGAUUUUAUUUAUUUAAGAGUUUAGAGCUUGGUUGCACUGGGACCGCCACAUUGAGACAGACUUCAUACAUGGGUCCAGGAACAGAAAGUCCCCAAUCUACCUCUUCUCUGAUAAACCCCUGUUAUUCUUCUUUUACUCUCAAGGCUGUAGAGCAGAACACAUCUUUUCCUGUGUUUUUCUUACUCUCUUCCACUUUCGGUUUUAGUAUUUUUAAACUUGAAUUAUGAUUGUUUUGUGUUUUUUUUCUUUCUUCUUUUUUGUUCCUCUGUUCCCUAUUGCAUAAUUUUGUCUGUUUGUGUAACAGCCACCAAGCUUACUGCAUAUCUGAUAACUAUGAUUGAUCGGUGCCCCCCAACGCUAUUUUU